GGUUUUGGAAGUUGUGGUGGGGUGUUUGGAGGAUUGUCCUAGUGUCGGGUUAUAAUGAGAUUUGCGGUGGUCAAAGACGGGUGUGCCGUGUUGUUGGCAAGAAAAAUAAGUUUCAGAUAAUUGUUCACCUCAUGAGCAAUUCAGGGUCUUUACAUAUCAUCCAUCUGAACUUAUAAAAGAUUGACACGCUUAAAAAAAACCAAUUAAUUUCGGCUUAUGCUAAAAAAAUACAUAAAAAUCCUAUUACAGAGGUUUGACGAUGAAUAAGCCUAGUUGAUUUGCGAUAUAGUUGGCACUUUGAUAACAUAAGUUAUAAGUCAUCAUCAAAAUAUUAGCAAUAUUAAAAAGAUGGAGAGAGUAUUACAAAUAGACAUUGUAAAGAUGUUUCUAUACAAGUGGCAGUUGUUAAUCUAAAAGUCAUAUCUAUAAGAAAAUCUAAACACUAAUAAUGAUGUCUAACAUUAAUUAGUGUUCUUCAGUGUAAGUUAGAAAAAGUAGUUUAGAUGACUAAAAUGAUCAAGAAGUCUUACAUAAAGAACAAAAGAUUUUACGAGGUAUUUUAUUCAAAAUUUUUUUUAAAUUUGCUGGUGGAAUACAAUUUAGCCUGAUAAAGCGCAUUUAGGACUUGAUAAUAAUGCAAAAGCCUACACUAAUUAGAAUUAAUUAUUUUUAAUAUUAACACAUAAUACUAUCAAAUCAUAAA